AUCAGUCAUAGCUAACUGUGUGAGCGAAGAAAAUGAAGCUGCCUUGGCUCGUGAUGCCUCUUCUAACUUUACAGUUUUGUGGAGUUGAUUUCAGCGUGGCCGGAUCAGGUAAUGGUGACAGGUGGCAGAUAUACCUUGAAAAGAUCACCAAAGCCACACAACAAUACAAGCCUUGCAGCCCAAACAACUGCAGUUGCCAUCUCAGUGUCUUGAAUGAUGACUUACGACCUUUCAGAGGGGGAGUGUCUGAGGAGCUCAUGGCGGAUACGCUUCGUCGUGGCGUGGGCACCCAUUACCAAAUUAUUAAUGGUAAACUGUAUCGGGAACAGAACUGUAUGUUCCCAGCCAGGUGUAGUGGGGUGGAGCACUUCAUCCUGCAGGUGAUUGACAAGUUGCCAGACGUGGAGAUGGUGGUGAACGUGCGGGACUACCCUCAGGUGCCAGGCUGGGUGCAGCCUAUCCUGCCUGUCCUGUCUUUCAGUAAGACUGCUAACUACCAGGACAUAAUGUAUCCUGCCUGGACGUUUUGGGAGGGGGGCCCGGCGGUAUGGCCCAUAUAUCCCACUGGACUAGGACGAUGGGACCUCAUGAGGGACGACCUUAAAAAAUCGGCAGCACAGUGGCCCUGGAAUAGGAAAGAGUCCAGAGGAUUCUUCAGAGGCUCCAGGACUAGUCCUGAGCGGGACCCCCUGGUCCUUCUGUCCAGAGAGGCUCCAGACCUGGUGGAUGCUGAGUACACCAAGAACCAGGCCUGGAAGUCUGAGAAGGACACGCUAGGUAGACCACCAGCUAAGGAGAUUCCCCUGGUGGAGCACUGCCAAUACAAGUACCUGUUCAACUUCCGGGGCGUGGCGGCCAGCUUCCGCCUCAAGCACCUGUUCCUGUGUGGCUCUCUGGUCUUCCAUGUUGGGGAGGAGUGGCUGGAAUUCUUCUAUCCCCAGCUGCUGCCCUGGGUACACUACAUUCCUGUCAAACAGGACCUCUCUGACCUCAGGGAACUGCUACAGUUUGUGAAAGAAAACGAUGACGUCGCUCAAGAGACUGCCGUUAGGGGUCAGCGGUUCAUCCUGGACCACCUGAGGAUGGAGGACGUGUCGUGUUACUGGGAGAGACUCCUCACUGAGUUUGGUGGGCUGCUCAAGUACAAACUCCAGAGGAAGACUAACUACAAUCAGGUCAUCCACAAGCAUGGGAGGACAGAACUGUGACAGAGUCAGGGGGUCACUCUGUAUGGAAUAUAUGGAGGCAGCUCCAGUCCAUAGAUAGCUGCAGAUUGAUAUUUGUUCACACUGCUUAUUAAUGUCCCUAUUGCUGGUCUUAGAAUGAGGAAUUACUGGUCUUCACAUUUAGGCUGUGGUCUCCCCAUAGAUUCUCCAUAGGGUUAGAUGUAAUGGAGUACCUUUUAAUGUAUUGUGUUAUAGAAGAUUUAGGAGCUGAAAAACGCUAGGAGAAGAAAGUGGCUAUUUGGGAUUGAAAUUGCCAUUGGGAUUAGCACACAGAAAGAGUAGCAUACUUUAUAUGUUGCUUCUAUUGCACAGUUUACAGUUUGUAUUUAGCAGACCUGGGUUCAAAUAAUGUUUAGGGUAUUAGAAUUACUUUCAAAUAUAUUUGGAAGUAAUUAUUUCAAUAUUUUUUUAUUUGAAAAGACAAGUAGUUGAAUAUUGGUAAGUAAAAAUACCAAAAUACACUGACUCAA